AUGCUUGUUAGCGUCGCUUCAGUGCGUCGCCUGGGUCCGUUAGGCAGGCGGGGGAAGCCUCAGGAUGGCGCGUUUCUGGAAAGCCUCAGGAUCGCGUUUGCACACGAUGGUCCCCGCGCUCCCCGCGCACAAGCUCACGCGCAACCUGAUGUCGCGCAAGCAGAAGGGCGCCACGCGCAUCUACGGCGGCGCCAUCUGCGGGAAAUCCGUGCGCGAGAGGUGAGGCGCGGGGAGCAUGGUGGGGAAGAGGGAGCGAAGGGGGGAAGGGGAGGGAAGGGCAGGGAAAGGAGGGAAAUGGUGGGGAAGGGAGAGAAGGGGGGAAGGGGAGGGAAGGGGAGGGGAAGGAGGGAAAUGAAAGGGGAGGGAAGGAGGGAAGGAGGGGAAGUGGAGGGAAGGGGAGGGGAAGGGGGGAAGGGGAGGGAAGGGGAGGGGAAGGAGGGGAAGGGUCGCACGGGGUAA